AUGAAACUCCACAUUUUGGCCUUCGGGGUUGCUGUGAUCUACCUCGGCACCUUAGCAUCAACUUUAUCAGAUGCUAGGGCACCGUCGCAGUUCCCAGCCAAGAAACGCCCACGCGGGUGCGAUUGCUACACGAUCUCCGGACCCCAUCUGGGAUAUUUCCAGCAUUACAAGGUCUGGGACUUCCGGUCAGUGGAUUUGAGUAAACAUGCCAAUCUCAAUCUGUCAGAGCCCAUCGAUAAUGGCGACGAGGUCUGGGAUGAUGACGAUGAGGGCGAUGACCAAGACCCGCAGAAUGAUUCACCUGGAGUCCACGAGUCAAAGGACCCUGACCCCAAGUCACUGGUGUUCUACAGGACCUCCUUCGAGAGAGACUGGAGCAGUCAAAACUGGGAACGCCGUGGAACCCCCAUAUCCCCGGUUCUCAUGGUAAAUUCGAAGCACAACGUCUUUCUCACCCGGGACCAUGAGCAACAUGAUCCUCAUGCGACGUAUCUUGUUCUGCGCACCACCCGAUUUUCAGAAUACACUUCCACCGCAGAGAUCGAGACUCGCCUACACAACAUCUACCGGUGCUCGCUUCGUGUCCGGUUUCGUUUAUUGCCAGCUAGCUCUGUCGUAUCGCAACCCCCUCAACCCGGGGAAUGGCCGCCGCGGGAUCCAAAACGACAUCCCACCGUGCCCUUAAACAACAAGACAACUCCGCUUCAUGAUGGCCGGCCACCUGACGGCGCUUGUGCUGGCAUCUUUACCUACCAUGACCAGACCUGUGAAUCGGACAUUGAAAUUCUAACGCGGGACCCACCCCAUCGCGUGCAUUAUGCCAACCAGCCUGAUUAUGAUUUUGCCGCUGAUCGCGAGAUCCCCGAUGCGAGUACCAUUGCCGACGUACCUGUUCCAUGGACAUCCUGGUCCGUGCAUCGCCUAGAUUGGCUCUCAAACAUAUCACGGUGGUAUGUCAACGAUCAGAUACAGGAUGCCAAAUCAUACAGAGUUCCCAAUCUGGAGAGCAUGAUUGUUAUCAAUCUUUGGAGUAACGGUGGACUUUGGACAGGCGACAUGAGGAUUGGCGACAGUAUAUACAUGGGCAUCGAAUACAUCGAGCUCGUCUAUAAUCGCUCUUCUGAUGCUUCCAGGGGUUAUUAUGUGUCUCCUUCGCAGAACCAUGGCGGCCAUCAAAGAGCCUUUCUCACAAAUGGUUCUAUUGGUAAUGAGCAUCCAUUGGAGCCGGAUAAUAAGGAUGAAAAGUGCAAGCCAGGGAGGCAGGGCCGCGAGUGCAGAAGAAAGAAGUGGAGGAACAGGCCUCUUAAUGAAUUUUGUCAGAGACCAUGCAACAUUGAUGAACUCUAA